GCUGACGUCAGCCAUCCCUGCAAACAGACUGACCGAGCCAGGGCGAUGUGUAGGAAUGUGCGGAAACUUCUUCCUUCAACAGUUUGUGUAAUAGUACUUUGAUAAUAUUGAUCGAAUACCGACAAGAAGUGGAUACUGAUAUAGGUCCCUCUAAGCAUGGCUGCUCAGACAGUAUUUCCAAUGGGAUUGGUCAUGUUUUCCAGUGCAGUUAGCGUGCCCAUGGUGGAGGAUGCCCAGGGGCUGGCUGAGCUCACGCACAACGAGCUGCCGGCCCCGCAGCUGGUCAUGCUUGCCAACGUGGCCUGCGAGAACCCCGCAGAAGGCAAGGAGAUGAUGGAACUUCAAACCGUCGGCUGCAACAACUACUCUGACAGCGAGGAUGAGAGCAUCAUCCGAUACAGUUACGAUAGCCACGAGAGGGAGAUGUGCAUUGUGGACUACUCUGAGUCUCCACGGCCAACUCUCACCCGGACUGAGGAGAUUGACGAUGAAGAAGAGGAAGGUGUUGACCUCUCCAAACCCUCUGGCCAGCGUCCUGUUAGCCCUUCUGUCCCUUCCACCCCUUUGAUACCUCUGACCCCUGCCAGCACUCUGACCCCGGCUACCCCUCUGACCCCGGCUACCCCUCUGACCCUGGCUAGCCCUCUGACCCCAGCUAGCUCUCUGGGCAAGAUUGUAGAAUCCGCCAAGAAGAAGAAACCCUUCUUCUGCAAACCCUGCAACUACCAGGCCAAGUGUGAACAGGAGUUUGUAACACACAUCAAAAUCCACAGCGCCAACCGGAUGAUGGUGGUGAAACGCGUGGAGGGCGACAAGUCACAGGCCGCCGGAGCUUCAGCGGGCUCCCAGCGGGAGGCCGAGGGCGGCGGCGCUGGCGACGGCGCUGUCAACAAGGGGGUGAUCCGCUGUGAGCGCUGCGGCUACAACACCAACCGCUACGACCACUACAUGGCCCACCUGAAGCACCACGAGAGGGAGGGCGACGAUCAGAGGAUCUACCGGUGCACCAUCUGCACGUACACCACCGUCAGCCAGUACCACUGGAGGAAGCACCUGAGGAACCACUUCCCCAGCAAGCUCUUCACGUGCAGCCAGUGCUGCUACUUCUCGGACCGCAAGAACAACUACGUGCAGCACAUCCGCACUCACACAGGUGAGCGUCCGUUCCGGUGUGCAUACUGCGAGUACUCAAGCUCCCAGAAGACCCAUCUCACCAGACACAUGAGGACGCACUCAGGUGAACGCCCUUUCAAGUGUGACAGCUGCAACUACCUUGCAGCCAACCAGCAUGAGGUGACUCGGCACGCCAGACAGGUCCACAACGGGCCGAAGCCCCUGUGCUGCCCCUACUGCACGUACAAGACGGCCGACCGGAGCAACUACAAAAAGCACGUGGAGCUUCACCUCAACCCGCGCCAGUUCCUCUGCCCCGUCUGCAAGUACGCCGCCUCCAAGAAGUGCAACCUGCAGUAUCACAUCAAGUCUCGACACCCCGGCUGCCCGCAGGUCGGCAUGGACGUGUCAAAGGUCAAGCUGCGCGUGAAGAAACCCGAUUCCGAUGAGUUCCCCGACGAGUGCGCCACGGUGAGUGGAACGGAGAAGAUUGAUGAGGAGGAGGAUAUGGAAACGGAGGGGGUGCCAGCUGGAGCUGAUAAACAAUCACGCCCAAUCAAUCUGUCAACCAAGAGAAGCAAUCCUAGCCCAGCGACAGACAAGAUCCAUAAGAAAUGUGAAGUUGCUCCUGUGAAAGAGGCCAAGAAAAGCAGCAGACCUAGCCCAAUUCAAGGAGUAGAAAGCAUGGCAACAGACAGGACCCCGAAGAGAAGUUGUAUUUACCCUGUCAAAGAAACUAAGAAGAGCAGCAAGCCCAGUCCUGUUCAAGCCGUACAAAGCGUGCCAGUGGACAAGAGUAUUCAGAAAUCUGACGUCUGCACUACCAAAGAGACACCUAAAAGGGCAAAUGACAAGGCUGACAAAAAAGUUAAACUGAAACGCAAGAAUAUGGAGAUGAGCAGGGCAAAUAAAAAGGACAAUACUACGCUGAAAGAGAGUGGGAAAGAGAAAUCCGUUGCAGUUCUCAAAAAACAGAUGACAUGGAAGACAAGUGUUCAGGAAAAGAUUGAAAUAAAGCAAACUGUGGAGAAAGUCCAAAAGGAAAGUUUGGAAGAAGACAUUUUUGAGAAAGAGAAAUCGUUUAAGGAGAGUUUAGAGAAAGGUACAGUGGAGAAAAAGAAUUUGGAGAAACCGAAGGAGGAAGAAAACAAGAGACCGCAGAAGGAGAAAAAACAGCAGAAUGAUAAAGAAAAAGAGAGAAAAAACACUACUAAAUCUCAGAAGACUCCUAAAAAAACAGAGAAAUUGCUUAAAAAGAAGGUUGAGAAAGCUCCCCAAAAUCAGGAAGUGACAGCCCAGUGUGAGAAGAGCAGGACGAAGGCAGUUAAGAGGAAAGCUGCAGAGGCUUUGGACUUAUCCAUACAGGAAUCUCCCGAGAAGCCCUGCAACGACAUUAAGGUCAAACGGCUGAAACUCAAGGCUGCAAUCAAGACACAUUCAAAGGCCACAACCCCUCAGAGCUUGGUGACUCAACCUUCCCCUGCGCCUGAGCAACUGGGCCUAGCAGAGCAGGCGGGCCAAGCAAACCAGAUGAUGAACUUGCCUGCGGUGAAAAAAGGGAAGAAGAGCAAAAAGACCAACAAGAAAGAAGCAAGUAAUCGAGAGACGGAGGUUUCCGGUGAAAACAAGGAGUGUUCCACGAUUGAGAACCCUGUUAGCACCCCUGAAAGCUUACAGAAAGAGCAGCGGGCAGCUGAGCAGGAGAUUGUCCCUGCUCUGAAUACACAUACUGGGCCGUGCUUGGUAGAAGAACGGCUCAAUAAUCGAUCAAACAACCUUGCAACGCAAAAUCCAUUCACAACUAUAGAAGUGGUGAAGACUAAAACUGCAGACAAAGCAAAAGAUACUGCUAACCCUGAAAGCUUUGGCUCCCUGAAAGGGAACAGUCGUCCUGAUUUCAGACAGCCACAGGGAGACCUGGCAACCCCCUCCCUGGAGCUCCCGAAACCCCGAGGAGAACCAACAACACCCUCCCUGGAGCUCCCGAAACCCCGGGGAGAACCAACAACACCCUCCCUGGAGCUCCCGAAACCCCGGGGAGAACCAACAACACCCUCCCUGGAGCUCCCGAAGCUCCGGGGAGAACCAACAACACCCUCCCUGGAGCUCCCGAAGCUCCGGGGAGAACCAACAACACCCUCCCUGGAGCUCCCGAAGCUCCGGGGGGAACCAACAACACCCUCCCUGGAGCUCCCGAAACCCCCGGGAGAACCAACAACACCCUCCCUGGAGCUCCCGAAACCCCGGGGGGAACCAACAACACCCUCCCUGGAGCUCCCGAAACCCCGGGGGGAACCAACAACACCCUCCCUGGAGCUCCCGAAGCCCCGGGAUGAACCGUCAACACCGACGACACCCUCCCUGGAGCUCCCGAAGCCCCGGGGAAAGCCUUCCGAAACUGAGGAAGACGAGGGUAUUCACAGCCACGACGGUGGCAGCGACAUCAGCGACAGCGCCUCGGAGGGCAGCGACGACUCUGGGCUCAACGGACUGGCCGCCGCUGCAGGGAAAAUGGCCAACGACCCUGAAACUCCCACGGAAGAAAUUCCAACUCCCACUGAACUCAAGAGUCACACCUGCAUCUUCUGCGACCGCACCUUUCCCAUGGAGGUGGAGUAUCGCCGGCACCUGAAUCGCCACCUGGUCAAUGUGUACUAUCUCGACAAUGCAGCCAAGCCGGACCAGUGAAGGCCGGCUGAAAUACAUCGUUCUUCUCUGUAAUCAGGUGCAUGUGGCCAUUUUGUUUUAUUCUUUCACCCCGAUAUGAGUGUGUAUAGUUCUGUGUAAACGUGUAAGCAGUACAUAUUCAGUUACCUUGAAUUAGUGCUUAUCGGUCACUUUGCGUUGUAUGAAAUAUUUUGUGCUAUGUGAAACUAGCUUUUUGGCGGAUUUGUUUAAAUGGUUAUUGUUGUCUGGGCUUUCACAUAGCAGUUUCUUUGAAUGUGAGGCAAUUCAUUCUACAGUUCUUUUAUUCAAACAUAAUGGGAUGCCUUUCAUUUAAAUCACAGAGGAUAUGUGAUUUGACAACCAUGUGAAGCCCAAAACUCAUAUCCUUUGUUUGCCGUGUGAUAUAUAUCAAAUAUAGCAAAAUAACAUGAUUACUUUUAAAUCUCACACUAACUUAAGUACAAUUCUGUGAUAGCAGUGCACUGUAUAUAUUUUAAAUAGCGGUUGGAUUUCAACAAAUUUCAACAGCUGAGGUUCACAAACCGGUUGAGUUUUCUAUAUUAGAAGAACCCACAAUGAUAUGAGAAUCACUUUUUCAGUCCAUCAGUCUAGUAGAAGAAAUAUACAGCAACAACAAAAUAUAUUGUGAAAGGAAGUGUAAUUCUUUCCCCCACAAAGAACCAAAGAAGGCCCCUCCCUGUCGUAUUUCCGCCGGGAGAUUAGAAGGACCCAGGUGGUCCAAGCCGAAAAAGUCCAGAGGAUAAUGGAGCUCUUUGAGUCUUUUGUGUGUGCCCACUCCAGUGAAGCGCUGUAUCCUCUGAAGACAGGACGAGGGCUGCUUGGUCAAAGUUUUCUCAAGUGUGACUGGUCCACGGCACCAUUUUGGCAGCACUUGACAACUGCUGAUCUUCCACUUUGAUUUCUUUUCAUUAAAAAAGUUGCCUGAAUCAAUUGUCAAUCUGUGCAAUUGACCUUACAAAAAUCUCCAUGACGAGAAAUAUUUUGGGUGCGAAUUGGUCCCACGAUUGAAAUUACUUGGCUUCUCUGGGUUAGUCUGGUGGAAUGGUGGAAACGUGGGUAUGGAAUGGUUUCCUGUUUUCUCAAUGUCUGAAUUUUGUUGUCAAAUGUUUUGUAUAUCCAAGUAAAUUUAGUCAAACUUAAAAAUACUCAUGCUACUCAUUAAAAAAUCUCUAAUAGCCCUUCAAAGUGUAGGCCUAUAGAAGUUGACAUUUACAAGAUCUGUCGCUGAUAUACUGUAGAAUGGACAGCUAACAUUGAAAACAAGUUUUGAAAUCGCUGUUUGUCCACUCAUCUGUAAAGUUGCCAUUAUCAGUUUUGUAUUUGAUAUUGUAAAGUCCAAAGAGUUCCUUUUUUUUGUCUUUUUUUUUUUUUACUGAUUAGUAAUUUUAGUUUGUUUUGCUCUUCAGUGCCUUCGACAAUCAUUGUUUUCUGUUAAGAUGUUGCAUAUGGAGUGUAGGUUUGUUGAGUCAAUUGUUUUUUACUGUAGAUUUAAAUUACAGUACCAAUUAAACAUCUGGACAUAGUUACCAAUUCAAGUGUGUCAACUAUUGACUGGUACUGUAUAUCGUAACAUCAUGUUUAUCUUUAAUAUCAUUCCAUUAGUUGUAAUAGUUUGAUUACUCAAUUUCUCUGAUGUUACCAGCCCUCUCAGGGGUGAGCUGUGAGUUUGAUAUGGGGAUGGGCGAUUCUGUUUUUAACAUUUGCUUUUGACCCCAACUCAUUUUUUUUCACCAGAAUUGUGCCUCCAAAGCUCAUCCUUUUUGUGCCAUCCAUGAUUUAUGUCUCCUACUUUCAUACACAUCUAGUUUUUCAUUUCUGUUAUUCUGAGGUGAUUUCAUAGACUAAGCUAAUAAACGUAUGCCAUGUAUUCUUUUAGUAAAUUCAGUGCAAUAUUGUAUUUUGGGUGUGAUGCCAAAGUGGAGAUGAUAGUGAUUUAUAACAACAUAUGGUUUAAGUUUCCUGAUUAUUAGAAAUAACAGAAUUUCCAAGUUUCCAGGGUAACUUUUCCUAUUUAGCCUCUAUGUAUAAAUGCACUCUUAUCUUGACAGUUAGUUUCUCUAUCACUUUAAAUGUACAUAUUUUUAUUUCUGAACUAUCCAUUUUUGUUGUUCACCUUUUUCUUUUUAAUGAAUUUGAGAUGCUUAUUACCGUCUUUGUAAACAUUUUGCAUUCACAUAUUUGUAAUCAUUUGUAGCCUAUUCCUGUCAUUUGAGGUUUUCAGUUAGUAAAGAAAAUAUACCCCCCCCCCCCUAUCAAUUCCCUCCUGAUGCCCCCUUCCCCAAAGAAAACAACUGGAUAGUUAUGAAUUUUUUGUGCCGUGUAAAACAUCCUGUACAAUCCUGCUCUGAAGUUUUGUUUCUAAAUAAAAGUUGUCUUACAACUCA